AUGACUGCUUCUCGUUUUCUGAAUUAUCCGACAGCCCGCAAAGGGCCCGAAGAGCCAUACAAAAAGGAGGACCUCGCAUUGCCGGUCCUUCGAGGGUCGUCCUUGAGCAUUGGCGCAACUGUCAUACACCAUCUAGCAUUCCUCCAAAACCAUCUAUGGCACAACAGCGGAUUGACCAAUUUCCGCAAAGCAGAGAACAUACUCAACUCCUAUCCACCGCGACUUGACCCCACAGUAUUACCUAUAGUGAGCAAUGAGUCCGAACAAUCGCUGGGUACGCUUCCGUCCCCUCAAGAACAGCGUGGAUCUAGUUCCGCGGGUUUCUGGACGUCGGCAGAUUAUCACCAGCGAUAUUUAUCCGGUCAAUUGACGCCGACCAUUGUGGUUGAGACGCUACUUCCCAUGAUACAGAGAGACACAACCCCCCCGGGUAAAUAUGCUAUUGGAUUUUUGGAAUCUAAAAUUGAUAUAGUCAGAGCUGCGGCGGCAGCGUCAACGAAGAGGUACAGAGAUGGUAAACCCUUGGGUCCGUUGGAUGGUGUCCCUGUUGCGGUUAAGGAUGAGGUGCAUUUGAAAGGUUAUAAGAGGACGCUUGGCAGUAAGCUUGAUUUCUCGCACGGAUUUGAUGUGACGUCCUGGUGUGUGGAGAAGUGGGAGGAGGCGGGAGCUAUUGUUAUUGGGAAGACGACUAUGCAUGAGAUUGGAAUUGAUACGACAAACAACAAUCCUAAUACGGGGACUCCUCGAAAUCCCUAUAAUCGCAAUUACUACUGCGGCGGUUCAUCUGGAGGAUCGGGUUAUGCCCUUGCUACGGGUCUCGUUCCAAUUGCCCUCGGUGCCGACGGUGGAGGCUCUAUUCGAAUCCCAGCUUCAUAUUGCGGCGUUUACGGCCUCAAGACAACCCACGGCCGCAUCUCUGCUGCACCUACACCAUCACUAGCGCCCAGUGUAGGCGUCUAUGGACCCAUGGCUUCUAGCAUUGACGAUCUCGCACUUGCAUACCGGCUCAUGGCUGCACCGCCCUCCGUCGAAGCCGAUAGCAUUGCAUCCGGAUUUCCAAACCCUCUUACAGAAAUACGCUCUGCCCCCAGCACCAAGACAAUCGGCAUAUGCCCAGCAUGGGUCGAUCGCUCCGAGCCCUCUGUCCGAAAAAUAUUCGACCAAACCAUCCACCACCUCGAAAACCAAAAGGGCUACAACAUAGUCGACAUUGAAAUCCCCUACCUCCCCGAAGGUCAACAAGCGCAUGCUCUCACGAUCCUCGCCGAACUCGCUGCUGGGAUCCCAGCAUCAGACGUGAAUUCUUUGCUUCCUCAUACCAAAGUGCUCAUAACCGUCAGUGGCAGUAAAUCCACGGGGACAGAUUAUGUCGCUGCUCAAAAACUGCGGAGUCUACUCAUGUCUCAUCUUGCACAUCUAUUUACAACUCACCCGGGUCUGUUGAUCCUAACCCCAACCGUGGCAAUACCAGGAUACGAAAUCAAAGGCGGCGCAAAAGAUUUAUCGCAUGGUGUCAUGGAUGCGUUGACAUCGACAAGGAGUAUGGAGUACGUCUGGCUAGCGAAUUUCACGGGUUGUCCUGCCAUCAGUUUUCCAGCGGGAUAUGUUGAUGGUUCGGGGAUACCGGUUGGUGUGAUGGCGAUGGGGGAAUGGGGUAGUGAAGAGAGUUUGUUAAGUUUUGUGAGGGAUACUACGGAUGUACCUGGUGCGUUAGAGGUUGGAGGAAGACUGAGGACGCCUGUUGUUGAGCAAAAGGGGAGAGAUGAUAUGGCGUGGGUGGAUGUUGUGGGAGAGGCGGAGAGGAAGAUGAGUGGUUCAAAUAAUAGCAAGUUGUAG